AUGGCCGCCUCCACCCUGUCCGGCUGCUCCAGCGACCUGAGCUACGGCAGCCACGUCUGCCUGCCCGGUCCCUGUCACCCCUGCACCGGCUCCUCCUGGCAGUGGGACGACUGUCCAGAGAGCUGCUGCGAGCCCCCCUGCUGCGCCCCCAGCGGCUGCACCCCCGCGCCCCGCCUGGCCCUCGUCUGCACCCCAGCGAGCUGUGAGCCCAGCCCCUGCCUGUCAGGCUGCACCAGCUCCUGCGCCUCCUCCCCCUGCCACAGUUCGAGCUGCCAGCCGUCCUGCUGCACCUCCUCCCCUUGCCAGCCGGCCUGCUGUGUGCCCGUCUGCUGCAGGCCCGUGUGCUGCAGGCCUGUCUGCUGCAGGCCCGUCUGUUGCACACCCGUCUGCUGCAGGCCCGUCUGUUGCACACCUGUGUGCUGUGAGGCCUCCCCGUGCUCAGACUCCUGCUGCCAGCAGUCGAGCUGCCCGUCGUCCUGCUGCACCUCCUCCCCCUGCCAGCAGGCCUGCUGUGUGCCCGUCUGCUGCAGGCCCGUCUGCUGCAGGCCCGUCUGUUGCACUCCUGUCUGUUGCACACCCGUGUGCUGCGAGGCCUCCCCCUGCUCGGCCUCGUGCUGCCAGCCCAGCCCCUGCCCCUCGUCCUGCUGCAGACCCUCGUCCUCCGUGUCUCUCCUCUGCCGGCCCGUGUGCCGCCCCGCCUGCUGCGUGCCCGUCUCCUCCUGCGGGGCCCCCGCCUCCUGCUGCCAGCCCAGCUGCUGCCGCCCAGCCUCCUGCAUGUCCCUGCUCUGCCGCCCUGCGUGCUGCGUGCCCGCCUCGGCCUGCGAGUCCUGCUGCUGA